CAGCACGCGCAGAGUUGAUACGUAUCUUUUAGGUUAUGAUGAGGAAUGUGAACUGCUUUGGAACUGUAUAGCUAUGUUGAUUUGCGUUGAGCUGUGACGACGAAUUUGAAGUCUUGUUUUGAAAUUCUCUUGCUAUGGUUAGAAUGGUUUAAUAAAUUUGAGUAUACAUCUAGAAACUGUGUAAUCUACUGAUAACUCGCCUCAUGGAUACUUCAAAGGAAAGGACCGUCGUAUGUUGCAGGUCUCAGGAGCUUCAGCUGGCUGUCAGCAACAGUGCCGGUGAAUUAUGUGGACUUCAAAAGAAGUUGCUGUCAUCAUACCAAAAACCACAGAAAUACAGACAGGAAGGAAAGGGAGACCAUAAAUUUUGCAUUAAGAAACAAAAGUUCACAUCUGUAGACAGUCAAAAUGAGGGAGGUAACAGUGGGCCAUCUGAGGAUGAAGAGGAGCAGGGAAGCAUUCUGGGAGGAGGGGAAACAGCAGUCAAUUCCAAUACUCACAAGUCUGAAGCUACAGAUAGAGAGCCAGGUUACUUGAACUUCGGCUUUCAGAAGUUCUGUGAAGACAAAGAACAGUCUAGAUAUCUACUGAAUGCUGAAAAGAUAGACUGGAGUGAAGAAUUAAAGUUUUUGGACGAAGUAGACAAGAGUAAACUGGAAGAACCUGCAACGAGCUCAAAGAUUGAAGAACUGCUCGUGUGCCCACCAGAGAAAGUAGAACGAUUAUCCUAUAAGACACGUAAGGUGAAGGGCAGUGCAGUGCCUCACAUCCUCACCAAUGAAAGAAUGUACUGCACAAAUUCAGCAGUGCUAAUUCAGGAACAGGCAAAGUGUGUGAAAACAGAAAUUUCACAUGGAAAGGAUCUGUUAUUGCAGUGUGACAGAAAAGGGGCUGUGAGCUGCAGUGAGGACAGCGACCCUUGUGAUGAAGCACAUGGUAUGAAAAUAUGGCUGAAGAUGAACAGUGAGGUUUUUAUUGCAAAAGAUAAAGUGUCUGACUUGCAACAAAGCUCCUUUGGGAUUAAAAAGUUAACUCUAUAUGAAGCAUCACAGUCUGGUAAACCUAGUGAACUAAAUAAGCAGAAUGAAGGGGGCAAAAGGGUGAAGACAUGGGACCAUGAAGUAUCUGGAAAUAAUUCUGGGCCUCUAGUUAAACGUGUUUGUCUCACCGAUAUUUCUGGCUGUGCCUCUACGUAUACCUCUCAUAUUUCUCCUCCCAGUCCAGAAAACAAUUGUCUGUCUGUUUUGUCACUUUUCAAAGAAUUGCAGAAAACAGUCAGGAUGCAUCCUGUCUAUCAGCAAAAUAUUUUUCAGCAGUUUGUGUGGCCAGUUUGUGGUACUAGCAUGAUGUGUGUGCCAUUUUCUCUACUUGGCAAGCCAGUGGGAACUGCUGGUAUUCCUACAGACUGUAAAAUGUGGAUGUGGGGUGGAAGCUCUGCUGCAAAACUCUGUGUGAAUGUGGCAGAAUACUUACUUCAGUGGCCUUUGAAAACCAGCCAGAGGCUGAAUGCCUUGAGUGUUACAUUGUGUACAUGUUUAACUAAGACAGACCUCCUCCAUGAAACAUUAAUGUCAUCACCAAAAAGGAAAGAAUUGCUGUCUACAGAGCAAAACAAUGGCACCUCAUCCCCAAUCAUAGCUGUGGAUGAAAACACCAUCAGAGUACAGGGAAAUGAUGUGACAGAAGUGCAGAAUGAAGAGAAGGAGCAAAAACCUGUGGACUGUGGUUUCCUGUUAUUCUCUCCUGUGUGGAGUAGUGUAUGUGAUGUCCAGAGUGAAACAGCAGAGAGUCAGGUUUGGAACUGGGACAACGGAGUCACUCAAUCAUACAGUGAUGAACACAUUAUUGGUGACAGCAUUUUCCUGCGGUCUUUGGGAGUAGUGGCUUCAGAACUGCAACCAUUCAGUGACAGGUCAUCUGUGAUGCUUCCAGAACAUAAUGAAGAAUUUAGUGUUGCCACUACUGGUGAAAUGUGGGCAGUGCCAGCAUUGGAAGACAUAUUUACUUCUGAACAAGAAUUUAUUCCACCACACAGAUCAGAGCUCCAGAUGUCUAAGUGUCAUGCCAAUGACAAGAUUCAAAGCAGUGUCAAUGAGACAUUCUCGAAAUUACAUGAUAGGUGCAACCCAAAUGGUGUACUGUCCCCAGACUACGGGUUCUGUGAAGGUGAUGAUGCUGCAGGUCUCCCAACUCAAACUGCAAGCUUGACUGACAAAUUCUGUAAUGUAUUAGAUGAACACUGUGGUAUUCUCACACGCGCAGAUUUCCCGAAAACUGCUAAAGGGAACCACGAGAGGUAUGAGAAUAUUUUUCAAACAGAAGCUGAAUGUAAAGAAAAGGAAGCCAUUGAGAGAUUAUGUGAACUCUUGGAUGUUCAUAUACCUGAUAGUAACAGGAAAGAUAGAGAUAAGUGUUCAGAUACAUUGCUCCCAGCUGAUACCACAUUACCAAACAUCACUGAAACUGAUCAGCCCAUAAACAGAAGUGUAGAGCAUACAAAGUUUCAACAAAAGUACAGAGAUAAAGUUGUCUUAGCAGCAGAUUCUCCGUUUCAACCAAUUUCACCAGAACAUGUAUCUUUAGAAGACACUGGAUGUAUUAGGAUGGCCCCACAAAAAGAUGCCGAGGCCAAGAAAACAGAAGUUUUACAGUUUCCACACAGCGUUACUGAUGGUACGCUGCCUCCGAGCAGUGACAAAGAAGAAGAAGAAGAAGAUGAUGAUGAUGAUGAUGAUAAUGAUGAUGACAGCAGUUCUGAGUCAUUGUCCUCUGUUGUUACUGUUGUACCAAAUGCCUCUUGGGUCCCUCAGAACAUUCACCAAUAUCCAGUAGGAAACCAGAGCCAACAGAGAGGUAGCAGUGGAGGUGAAGGUGAAAGUGUUCCCUUCAACCAGCUCGAUGACCACACAUAUGCUAUAGUAGAAUGCCCACAAACAGGCGAGCCUGUCAGUUGUGUGGCAAGAACAAGCUGCCCAAUGACUGUCUCGGUAAGAAACUGUGAUAACAAUGAGAGUACAGAAACUGAGCUUCACACCUUGGGCAGUGACCAGUCGUACAGUGGGUCACAGUCAAAUUCUGAGAGUGCAGAUGGGAGCAGUUUGUCUGUAAAUGAGCCACCCCUGCAAUUUUUGGAUGAUUUGGUGAGUAUGUCUGUUAUUGGGUCUUCUAAUAAUUUAGAGCAGAAAAUUGUCAAAGGAUCGGGAGCACUAUUAGUCGACACAAACAGUUGCAGUAACACGACAGCACAAACACAUCCACAGUGUUCCAAGGCUGUGCACUUGGACUGCAAACACAACACCAAUUUGAACUCGGUGCAGGAACUUACAGUCGUCAGUAAACUGCCCAGACCUAGCUGCUAUGAUAUGAAAGCGAAAGGUAAUAACUUAUCUCUGAGCAGUCUGAUGGUAGUGCCUUGGUCAAAGAGAAAGAAAUGUUUCCAUAAAAAUGACACUGUUGCUGAGAAAAUUUUAUGUAGGACUAAGAAAAAGAUGUUAGACAUUCACAGAACAUCAGUUGGUGAAACUUGUUUACAAAUGAAGCCGUCAGAAGAAUUGUCAAGAUUAUCUUCUGCAGAAAAUAAACCAAUCCAAAGUAAUCUUACAGCACUCAGAUUUGAUAAUCUAGACCCAGUAGCACAGUAUACUAGCAAGAGGAGGAGAAAACGUGUGUCUGAACCCGUCGAGGCCUGGUUGCGAAAUACUAUUACGUAUUUCCCUGGUAUACAGGACGAGCGUUUUGCAGGACAAAUCUCAAAAGAUGUCACUUUUAAUCUGCCAAAAAACGAACACGAUGCUCCCAGAGUCAGCCCAGUAUCGAUUUCACCGACAAAACGUUCAUCAAUCGAUAGCAGAAGUGAUGAGAGCUCUGGGACUGAAUUCUCAACUCACCCGUCCAAAAGACGCAGAGGGACAUUGUGUGAUGAAGGAGUCGUAACGGUUCAGACGUACUCUAAAGGUGGCUGUUCUGUAAAUAAAAUGUCUAAAGGAGGAAAUGGAGCAGAAUUAUCUUGUACAUACUGUGGUAAGCUAUUUGACAGGGUUUCAAAGCUAACUGAGCACAUAGGCUCACACACGCUGCCCUACCAUUGCUUAAUGUGUGGACGCCGCUUUGGGAGAGAGUCGCAGCUCACUACUCACGAGCAGCAGCUGUCCUGUUCGCCUUUAGAGAAAUGCCGCUAUAAAUGUGAAGGAUGUGGCCAGAAAUUUCUUCAGAGGAUAUGUUUACUUAGGCAUGUGGAAAAGCACACGGAACAGGACAAGAAGGAGCGAGUGGAGAAAUCGAGGUGCAAGGUUUGUGGAAAAGUGUUCGAUCAGGCAAAGCUACUUCUGCAGCACGAGGGAGAACACAGGACGAAGGGGCGGCAGCACACGUGCAGGUUGUGUGGCAAGACAUUUAAGCGACAAGCCUUCUUGGUCAGGCACCGACAGCUUCACCGGGAGAAGAUCCACUUUGAAUGUGGCUACUGUGGGGAAUAUUUCGAACUAAAGGACCAACUGAGAACACACAUUAGGCAGCACUUGAGGGACGAGACAAAGAAAGCUCUCGAACAAAAGCGGAAAGUGCAUCAAAAAGAAAAUAUGAUGAGAGAAGAGGUUGCAGGAUCCUUUCCCAUUAUCCAAAAGGAGCUCUCCCUGCUGAUCUGCCCCGAUUGUGGCAAAAUUUUCCGCUGGAAGACUGCACUGCAGAGGCACUCGGCACAGCACAAGCGGGAGGAUCGCAGGAAAGCGGCACUCGACCCCGAGCUAGCCCGAUUCCACUGUGACGAUUGUGGUGACAACUUUGCUUCCAGAAGCUCACUGCGUAGCCACGUCCGCCGACACGUGUGUGAAAAAAUUAAUUUAUCAUCCGUGGAGGUGCAGCGCUCUCGACACCACUCCGGGUGCACCGGCAUUAAAGAAUGUACGUCACCACCGACUCCCAUCUUGCAGUAUAGCUGCAGCAAGUGCCUCGCAGACUUUUCACAGUUGUCAGAGCUGCAGCAGCACUCCUGCGGUACAGAUGACCGGCGACCGUACACGUGUUACGUCUGUGACAAGGCAUUCCUGUCCCCGCGCCACCUAAGUCAACACAUGAGAGUCCACUUCCCACCCCACAAAUGCCGUUUUUGUGGAGACACUUUCGCCCGUAGAUACAAAUUGCUCUGCCACGAGUGGAGCCAUCGUGACCGUGAGUGCUUCAGUACCAAAGAUAAUAAUGGAGGAAGCCCAAAUAGUUUAUAAAUGAAGCUUUUAUAUUUUCUUCAGAGUUCAGAUCUUUUUAUUUUAUUUAAAUAUUUUUUCCUGUGCUUUUAACAAAUUGGAAUUGCCUUUUUCCCCCUUUGCUGAACCAGUGUGUAUUUUUGUAACUGUGUUGCCCAGACACUUGUUUUAUUAUUGUUGUUAUUACUGGUUAAAUGCAGUGCACGUUCACAGUGUACAGUUCUCAAGUCUCCAUCUGACAGUGGCUCUCUUUGUUUGAAUUCUCCGUGGUAUUUGGCAAGUCAUUUUCAUUUGCAUGGCAUAUCUCACAACUGUACUACAUGCUGCCAUCUAUAAAAGCCUGUGCUGGUACCAACACCUUUUCAUAUUUUUCAACUGUGGGCACCUUGUUAGCCUGUAGUAAAAUUCUUAAUUAGACCAGUUAUGGCUAAAUGUUUCCUUUAAUUGCGUGCAAUGUGAAUAGAUUGCAUGGCCCUUAUUGGCAGUCAGCAGACUGGGCACUGUCUGGUUUAGAUUUCAAGUGGAUCAACAUUGGUGUCAAAGUACUACUGUGACAAUAGCAGCCAGGCUGCAUUGAAACUAGCAUGAAUUCUGUGUGCUACAAAACCUGAAAUAAGUUAACCUAGCCACAGAACCAUUGCUGCAGUUGGCACUGUUCUCUUAGUUGUAUUCUGCCAGCAUGACCACUUGAUGAAGUUUGACAUCCAUUGUCUCAUCUACUUGAAACUUAAAAUUAGCUAGAGUGAAAUCUGCAUCAGUUACGUUUCCUCCAGCUGUGUGGUAAUGCAUCUUUCAUGUAGAACUAAAACCCCAACGCUAUUACCAUGACCAUUACACUUCCAAAAAAUGUCUGUUUCUGGUUAUCAAUAGACCAAGAUCAAAAAGUCUGUCUGUUUGAACUUAUUGCACAUCAUAAUGCAGUCUUCAGAGAGUAAAUGAAGUAAAUGAUCUGCUCUGCAGACUAAAGUAGUUUACCAGACAGUUCUGAUAAGAUGUCUGUUCAUUAUGUUAUAUGUUUAUUGGAUAUUUAUAUUUCAUUUUUUUUAAUUAUUUGAUAUUUCUGCUCCUUUUAACUGCUAUUAAAUAUUGCCAAAAUAAAUACAUUAUGAUUGUCCUUAAGGCUGUUUCACACAGUACUGAUUACUUAGUUUACUUACAUGUUUGCUAAUUUAAGAACUUUAUCUUGCAUUUGUAUAUUGCUAUUUUUUGCAGAAAAAUAUCAAAUUGUGAUCUCAAAUUAAUUAUUUUUGUGUAGUCAUAAACUUUACCUGAGAAAAAAUGUACCUGAGGAAAAAUGUUAAUUUUCUUGUAUUUUUGUAAUAAAUGAUAAGAAAUCAUAUUUAACUUAUUUUUUUGAUGUGUCCUCACACAAAGAUAAACAGGCUUCAUAUUUCAGUACCAUUUUGCAUAAGUUCUCAAAGUACAGUUGUAUGAAGUCUGAACCAAACAGUCAACUUUUUAUGACUUCAUUACUAGGAAUGUAAAUUGCAUUAGUUUUAUUUAUUCCAUGCAUUUCAUUUACUAUGGCAUAACUAUUAAUUUUAAAUUCAUGUGAAGAUUUUGCAUUGUCAGAAGAGCUGUAAGUAGCCUAUUGAGUUUGUUAAUUUUAAACUGAGGUUUUGUUUGGAAUUGUACACAUGAAUUUUCAGACAUAACUGUUUUAUUAUUAUUAUUAUUAUUAGUAUUAUUAUUAUUAUGAAUAAUAUUCUCAUUAUCUUCAUCAUCAGCUGACAGCAUGUGGCACACAGCUGGCAGCUGUAUUACAAUGCUCCAUUCAUUUCAUAAUUGCACAUAAAGACAAAUUAAAUGUUAGGGAUACAAAACAGAAGAUUUUUAAUGUUUCUCUAAGACUAUUGCUUGGUAAUUUUGUGGUUCUUCUUACCUAUUGAUA